CUGGUAUCUUUUCCAAAAUGUCUUAUGCAAACGCAAGUGAACCGACCCAAGCCCACCAGUCACCUUGUCACGAAAAUGAAAAAUGUCCAGGCGAGUGUACACGGAUACAGACUCGCUGAGCAACCAUGUCCAGGACCACCACAUCCAUAGCCAGUCUCUUCCUGGCAAAACAUUUCACUGUUCUUCCCUUGGUUGCAAUGGCUCCUUUUCCAGCAUGCAAGACUUAAUGAAGCACACGAGGCACCACCAUAAACCAAACAUUUACUUUCAGUGUGAGAGUUGUCGUUCCAAGCUACGCACCUACCCAGCUCUCUUGAAACACCUCCACACCUGUUCUAAGGUGGCCAAAGGAAAGAUAGGGAAGACUGCUGAACAGUCCAGCCAUGACCAGUUACUUGGCCCUAACACUCCCUCUGACAUUCUCCCCAGCCCUAACCCAAACCCUACUACAUCUCCCAUGGCCACGGACUCCUCUAACGCUCACCAACAACGGGAGUCAGGUACAGCUCCACACCUGCUACCCUCCCAACUGCAACUCCCCAAAACGUGCUCUCUUCUGGGACCAUCUUCCACAUGUUUCCCACGUGCUGAUUCCCAGUCGCGGGCUCAGUCCCAGUGUCAACCUCAGGCCCAGAGCCAAGUCCAGGACCAGACACGCAAGACAGACAACCCAGAGCAGCCAGAGGACCAGGCUCCUCCUCCGAUACUGGUGCGGCCGGCCAUACAUCACCCUCCAGGAGCUGCACAGACUAAUGGGCUGAGAGCUGCCAGUCGUCUCCCUUCCGGCCUCACUCAGAGACGGAUCUAA